AUGAACACGAAUGAGUGGAACACCAUUGACAACACCCACUAUGGGAAGCAGAAGCUGAGUAGCAUGCUGUGGAGCGGAGAAGAUGUGUUGCGGGAUGCUGUAGCAUGUUCGGGGCACCUCGGGCUGAUUGCCGUCUUGCGGAACAAAGACAAGUUCGACGUUUACAAAAAGGAAGAUAAUCUGAAAAUCUACACCAACAUUGGAAGGCUAAUAUCCAGCUGCAAAUUAAAUUCGGAUGGACUAAUCUGCUUUGGCUGGAACAAAAACAAUGAUCUGGUUUUUCUAUUUAAGGAUAACAUCGUGAGGGUAUACUCCUGCUUUUGCGAAAAAAAUUUCGUUUUUUCCCUCGAUGAGAGCAUAAAAAAUGAGGGGAUUCUGUACGGAUCGAUCUGUGAGGAAGGAAUAAUUAUAAUCACGGAGCGACUGAAUGUUUUUGUCAAUUAUUACUUUAAUGGAAAUAAUUGUGUUAGAUACCCCACGGUGGAUUUGAAGGGGAAGCCGAAUUGCGUGUGCUCCGUGGAGGAGGAUCACCUGAACGAAGAGCUCAACAUCGAACACAACUAUUUUGAUAGCAAGCCCAAUAACGACCUGCUCAGGCUGAAUAUUAAAAAUUAUAUUACCAACCCUUUUGACAGUAAGAAGGAUAAUGAGAGUGAGGGGGUGAAGGCAAAGAAUAAUGCCCUCACGGAGUGCAGUGACAACUAUAAUGAUGACUACGGUUAUAGUGAUAACCACGCGGGGUCAUCCAAGAGGGGAGGGGGGGAGAAAAAGGCAAAAAGGACUAUCAUGAAAAUAUCUGCGUACGAUUUGAACAAAAAGGAAGACAAAAACAGAAUCUCAAAGAAUAAUGCUACUUCGAAGAAGAAAGAGGAAAAGGAGUUAAACAUACACCUGCUAAUUGCGCUAUGCAACGGUGGGUUCGUUCUGAUGAAUAAGCAUCGCUUCAAAUUUUACGACACAGAUAAUCUAUCCCCCUAUGUUAACAUGUGUCUGUCCAAGUCGGGUACCAUUUUGGCCUUCCUCUCAGACAGCGGGGUCAUCAAAAUAUUUUUAACAAAAAAUUUAAAUAAUUGCAUAGAGGAAACCGUUCUGGAUGGAAAAAAAAGUAUCAAGCAGAUCGUCUGGUGUGGCGAUGACUGCCUGGCAGUUUACACGCCGAUGAUAACACCAUCCAACUAUAUUCAACAUAUGCUCUUUAUUGGUGGACCAAAAAAUCAAUGGAUCCCCUACCAGUACAGAAGCGAUUUAUUUCUUAUAGGAGACAUCUAUGGAGUAAAAAUUAUAAGCAAAGAAAAUUGUGAAUACAUUAGCCGAAUUAGAAAAUCCACAUUCAACAUUUUCAGCAUCGGUAGCUGCACACCAUCUGCAAUGCUUUUUUAUUCAUAUGAAAAGUACAAGAAUGGGAACAUCUCCUUGGAUGAUGAGAUACGAGCUUUUAAUAACAAUCUGCAUGUAGCUAUUGAUGAAUGCUUAAAUGCAGCUACACAUGAAUAUAGCGAAAGCGUUAUUAAUCUCCUCCUGCAAACCUCGCUGUUUGGAAAAAACUUUAUGAAAUCCAAUUAUGAUUGCAAGAAAUUCUUAUUAACUUGUUUAUACUUGCGCAUUUGUAUGAAUGUGCGGAGACCCCCGUUGGACAUUUUCCUCACAGCAUCGGAGUUACAGCACAUAAGCAUUCCGUCCUUUGUUAACUAUAUUGCUAAAAGGAAGGAGUACCUUCUAGCUUAUCGCAUUUGUGAAUAUGCAGGAAUUAAAACGGACAGAAUACUGAUCGAGUGGUGUAAGGAAAAAAUUGAGAAGUCGAUCGAGCUCACCGAUGAACAGCUCUGUGCAGCGAUAACAGACAAAAUUGGUAACAAGAAAAAUAUGGAUUAUUCAUACAUCGCGUUCGUAGCUGCCAAAUGCCUGCGGCCGCAGCUAGCCACCAUCAUCAUUCAGUAUGAAGAAAAUAAAAAGAAACAAAUUGACAUGCUUCUCAAAUUAGCCAACUACGGAGUCGCCAUGGAAAAGGCCAUCCUUUCCAAAGACAUCGAACUUGUCUACAUGUGCAUUGUAAACAUUUUAAAUCAAGAAAAGGUCAAUGCCAAUGGUGAAAGGGAGCUCUGUACCCUCAUUGAUGUUUUUAACAAAAAUCCUCAGGCAGCGAAUUGCUUCUACACUUAUUGCACGAAAACGAAACAGUACAAUCUGUUGAAGGAAUAUUACGAAAAGAGUGGGCAACAUUCCAAGGCCGCGUUUGUCACGUUGGAUUUGGCCCUUUCGAAGAAGAAUUUAGAUCAAAAGAAAACGUGGCUGGCAUACGCAGCUGGCUUUCUAACCACCGACCAAAUGAAUAGCCACAUGAAAUUUGUGCACAAAUCGUUGAUGAAUAAUAUCGACUUAUUGAAUUAUCAGAAGGAACUAGAAAUCAAAUAUAAUAAAAAAUCCGUCAUAGGGUACCCACAUAAAAUCCAGGGACUAUCUCUGAUGAGUACCGUAGAGUAUACCCUAUCAGUCGGGGAGUUUCUAGACGCAGAUCAUAUUUUUAAAAAAUUUAAAAUUUCUGAACCGAAAUUUUGGAGAUGCAAAAUACAUGCACUUGCUAAAAAUAAAUAUUUUGAUGAACUGUACAAUUUUGCCAACUAUCGAGUGUCACCAAUAGGAAUGGAUUAUUUCAUCGAAUGUGCUCAUGAGUAUGGCUCCGUUCCUCUGACCAUCAAGCUAAUACAAAAAAUUAAGGACUUAAAUUUGCAACACAAGUGGUUCACCAAGCUGAACAUGCAGAACGAGGCCGAUAGCGUGCUGGAAGAAAUCAAGGCGCAAAAAAUGACCACCAGCUCUCUCCUUCAAACCAUUUCCGACGCCAUAUCGAACAUACGCUAG